GGCAUUCUUAUAAUGUUGAAAUUUUCAACUCAAACCGCGUCUGCGGAGUUUCUCUUCUAAGCGAAAUUGCAGACGAUCAUCAGACACAUUUUUCGAACCUUCCAUGAGAUUAAGAUAGGGGAAAUCGCUCAGUGAUUGGCUUAUGGCGCGAUCUCUCGACAUUACGGUUAGAGAUUAUGAUAUUUCAUGGCCCAUCUUCAUACCUUGGUCGAACCUUGAUCGGCAUUGCAAAAGGUAGAAUAGGGGUUUACGACAUCCACCUAUCUACCCAAUCAUCGUUUCUUUGAAAGGAGGGAGAGCGCCCACUUCCCGUGCAGUGCCCACUGUCUGUUCUCGUGUGACAAGGCCCGAUUAUUUUUUUUGAAGACGUUGACUCGGACAGGUGCCUGGAGAAUCUGAGAUCGCUAUGCCGAAGGGUCGGGCAGGGCAGAUCUCAAGACGGAAGAUUGGACAACAACUCGGCAGAUCACUAGAUCUCGAAGAGUCGAUACCUGCCGUGCCGAAAAGUCGAGACUUGGGAGCCUACCUGGAAAAUGUCACCUCGGUGUUGAUCACCCGUCGAAGUAUGGAAUCUAUGCAUCUGGCAUCUGGAAUACUUACACUGCCUGUUUGAAUGUGAGGUACGCAUACCUCGGCCAUUCACCCUCAAG